AUGACGGGAUUGUUGAACGGCCUCGUUGAUGCUGUGGAAUGCUCGAUCAACCUAGAAUCUGUGGACGCUAGUGCGCAUGUCGGCCCGAAGCGCAAGAUCUCCUACCAGACGGCAUUGGAAGACCUGCCGGCAGGAACUCAUCGAUCUGCCAAGCGCUCGAGGUCAAGCUCUGAUUCGGAUGGCGAGAAGGAAGGCAAAGAGAAUGGUGGUGGACCGAGCUUUCUUAAGUUUCUGGAGCUGCUAGAGAAGGACGGUGUUGUGACAAGACAUAUGGGCGAUGUUCCUCCUACGCUGAGAGGGAUAGCUGGAUGGACGGUCAAUGACGGGAUGAUGGAAGAGUGGCAGAGGCGAAGACGGGAAUGGUUCAUGGAGGGCAAGGAGGGCAAGGAAUACAAGCCGAACUCGUUGUAUCAGAUCCUGAGAAGGCUGGGGUUCUUUCCCACGGAGCGCACCAAGCGAGCGAGCCAUGGCUUUGAUUUCGAGGGCAGCCGAAGCUUUCAGUGGGAUGGGAGCCAGCGAUACGUCCAGAACCGAGGGAAGGCCGGCAAGGGAAAGGACAACGGAUCAACAUCCGCUUGUUCUGCCAGCGAUGACUCCAAGUCGCCCGUUUCAGAAGUGAGCUCUCCGUCGUCUGACCUCAGCUCGAGCAAAGACUGUCUCCCGUCGUUUGCGACGUCACCCUCUGUUCCCUGUGGUGUCAAGACUGAGGUAUCCUCUACCAGCAGACCAGAGCUGGCUAUCGAUUUGAGCAAACUUCUCGCUUGCACGCAAAGGAGCAUUCCAAAUUUUCAAGCCUGUUCAUCGCUAGCUCAGCUGCAUCUGCCCCUUUCUGCUCCUCUCGGCAAUCAGCUAAACAGCAGUCUGCUUCAGCAGCAGAUCAAUUUUCUUGCCAAAUCCAACCAGCUGAACAUUCUUUCAUUGCUGAGCAACAGACCAAUGGCCUUGACAUGUGUUCAAAUGAACCUUGCUCCAAGCACAACCAUCGGGUCUUGGUAGACAUUGUAUGUUCAUUGUACAAUAUGUGAGGGAGUGAAACUUAAAUUCAAGAUUGGUGAAAUGAAUGAAUGAAGACAGCG